AUCUGCCUGUUUGAUUUGUGAUUUUGGAUUCUGCUAAUCAUUCUACGGUAUUUCUUGUUCUUGCUGUAUUUUAAAUUGAAAUAAUUAAUUGAAGUAUAUAAAACUUGUGCACAAUUUCGGUCCUAUAUUUAUAUUGAAAAUAUAAUCCUGCAAUCACCAUGAGUUUCGGACUUCCUCCAAUUAAAGUAAAGCCCGAACAUGGGGCUAAAAUCAAGGUACAUGAAGGCCCAUUUGGAGUUCCAGAUCCCCUUGUUGCUGGAAUUGGUGGCUCUAAACUCAAACUAGGAACAUCACAUCCCUUAGAGGUGUCAGAAAGAAAUUACCACUUCAAUGAGGAGAAGAUGAACAUGGCUAUGCUCCGCAAUAUCCAGGGUCUACAAGCGCCACUGAAACUUUCUAUGGAAAGGAAGUUUGCUAGUAAAGUUGGUCGUCUCCCAUUCCUGCCAAGCUCCAACUUACAGCGGGAUGUCCUGACUGGCCGAUACCUGGACAUUGGCUUUGAAGACAUUCUCAAUACACCAGACUUGUGUGAAGUAGCUGGGCAACCCCAUGCUGUGGUAGAGAGAUCAAUUGGGUUGUUGUGAACUAGUUAAGUCUAUCAUUUAUUUGGUAUGUAAUUUUAAUAAAAUAAUACACACUGUA